AAUAUCUAAUUUGACUACUAGCAAUAAUGAUUUUUAGAUAAUACAAUGAGAUAUAUUUUCGUUUUUAUCCGCACAGACAAUGGCUUCCGUUUUGAAAAUAAUAGAACCGUCCAAAAAGGAGAAACAGUAUCACGCAUCGGAAACCUAUUCCAACCUAGCAACAGACGGAUUCAAGUGCAAACACAAAUACAUUGGGAGCUACAUCGACCGACCAUAUCCAUAGAAUAUUCAAAUAUUUAGCAAAAAUGACAACUGUUCGUCGAGCCCUGACAGGCGGGGCCAGGGAGAGGCAGCUGGAAAAUAUGAGAAGACAAGAAGAUUACCGCGAGGACACAAUCCGUCGACUUCACGAAGAAAAACGACUUGAAGCCAAUAUGAGCAAUGAGGAACGAAUAUCAGAGAAGCGUUUUAUUAGACGUACAAUGAUGGAACAGAAAGAGCGAGAAAUGGAGGAGGCCAUACUAAAGGCCCAGAGAGACCGUUUGAUCCGAGAGGAACAAAUGCUUCAAGAAGAGAGACUAGCUGCAGAAUUAGAAAAACGUAAACUGGAUGGCAUUCGGGACGAGAAAAUGCGACAACAAAUAAGAGAAACAAGUUUAGAGCUAAGGGAACUGGAAGCAAAGUUACGAUCAGCUUACAUGAACAAAGAAAGGACCGCACAAAUAGCAGAGAAGGAAGCCCUCAAGUUUGACAAAAUGAAACGAGAUUCAGAGAUUGCACACGAGAUGAAAGUGGAACACGAGCGGGCGGAGGAAGCUUCACGUCAGCGGGAGAUGGAAAAGUACCGGGAACAGAUCCGGUAUCAACAGGAACUGGAACGUCAACUGGAGGAACAGGAACAGAAGAAACAGCAGGCUUACGAGGAGUUCCUCAAGGAGAAACUCAUGAUCGACGAAAUCGUGCGCAAGAUCUACGAGGAGGAUCAAAGGGAAAGGGAGCUGACUCUGUCCAAGAAGAAGGCCACACAGCGGUACAUCGAAGACUUCAAGCAGGCACGCGAGGAGUGGAAGGUCCUGGAGAAGGAGAGGAUGGAGGAAGAAAACCGCAAAAUUCUACACUUCUCCAAACUCCAGGAGGAGAGAGAGAAUGCUCGAAUGGCAAACAAGAAACAAAAGGAGGAAGCCAUGGCCCGAGUUCAACAUGCUCUGGCAGAAGACAUCGCGGCUAAAGAUGCAGCCCGAGAAGAAAUGGAGAGAAUUCGUAUGGAGCUGUACCUUGAGGAACAGGAGGAGAAAGAACGACAGAAAGAAAGGGACGACAUGGAGCGGAAGAUUCGCCAGCGGCUGGAGCUGCAAAGCCAGCACGCCCAACAGAUGCACUUCAAGAAUCUCCGCAGGAAGGCAGAGGAAGACGAGGAGGAGGAGUUCAGGCAACAGAUGAUGGCCAAAUUUGCGGAGGAUGACCGUAUAGAACAAAUGAAUGCCAAUAAGAGGCGCAUGAAGCAGUUAGAACACAAGCGAGCGGUGGAGAAGCUGAUCGAUGACCGCAAGGUGCAGUUUGCUGCCGACCGUGAAAGAGAGCUGGAGGAGCGCCGUGAGGAGGAGAGGAUGGAGGCCUUCAGGAAACAGAUCAUCGAGGAAGAAAGGCAGAAACUUCUCCAGGAGCAUGCCAUGAGGCUCUUAGGAUAUUUACCAAAGGGUGUGAUUCGAGAUUCUGGAGAUCUAAGCAUGCUAGGCCAAGAUUUCAAGGAAGCGUAUAGCAAACGACAAAUCGAUCCUUUCGAUGAGGAGGCCUGGGACCAACGGCGAUAGGAAAUCUACCGGUCAAAUUAGGCAUCUGUGAUAAAGAAAAAAAUAUCUUAACAAAUUCCGUCCAUUAUCAAAGGGCUGCUGCCUGCAUGUUCUCCACUGAAGGUAGAAAGGAAAGAAUAAACGGGAAUUUUACGAAUUUUCAAGUGGUGUGUUUUACAUGUGGCAGUAGAUGGAAUCCAAUUUUUUAGUUUCUGUUUUUGAAUAGGAAUGUUGGAGAGUGAUAAUGGUUGUGUGUGUGUGUAUGAGAGAGAGAGAGAGAGAGAGGAGAGAGAGAGAGAGAGAGAGAGAGAAGUGGUUGGAUGUACAUCUCAGUCAUGUUUUCUGUCUUCAGCCUUUCAACAGGACAACAUGAUUGCUAUUUGAAAUAACUGCAGUAUAACGAUUAGAUUUAUGUCAUCUUAUAAUGUCCGAGUCGUACAUUUAUAUACAUGUAUUCUGCUAUGCAGGGUUCUUUUUCUUUUUUCUUACUCUGAACUCUUGUGGACAUUUUAUCAUAUGUUAUGAAGAAUUUACCUGCAUGGUGAAGUGCUAUGAUUUUUUUCCCCGUCCAUCGAUAUCUUUUCCCGGAGGGAUGUUUCACACUUUUAGAUGACAAUGUUUAAAUUGGUCUGCAUUUAAUUGUCUGUACAAAAUAUUGUAGAAUCUAAAAGUGUUCUUUAUUUCUUGGGUUUUAAAUCACAAAGUUUUAUAUUUUAUGAAUCAUGCCAUUUGUAUGAUAUAUUUAUCUGUGAAAAAUAAAAAGGAGAAAAAUUGU